AUGCAGACCAUUCAACAGAAUCAAGACCACUUGACAAUUCAAGCAUCUGGUACUGCCUUGAAUUCUUCUCUUAAUUGUACGAUUAUUCCCUCGAAAAUUCAUAAUGUUAAUGAAGAAGAAGAUACGGAGACAAGUAACCCUAGUUCUAAAGGGUCCAGUGGCGGUGGCACAUAUUCUCUUCAACACUCAAAAAUGAAAGAAAGUUUCUAUUCGCUUGAGGAGCAUGGAAUGGGUGCUCCUAUUUCUCGUCGCAAUGAUUCUAGCGAAGGCUCCUCCACAACGUCCGACAAGGUUGUUGACAACUCGCCGGGGAUUAGUAUUACACCUUCACAACUAGCUCAGUUGAUUGAAAAACAAAAGAGCCAUUUGGAGGGCCCAAGAAGUCCAACAGUUUCAGAGCUGGCUGGUUUCAUCAUAAAAACAGAAACUAUAAGUUCCGAAAAUGGAUCGUGUUCUAGUACGACUGUGUCACAGUUAGAUAAAUUUAUUACAAAACCAAGAAAGAGGAUAAAGUUCAAAGAAGAAAAGGCCCAAAAAGUUAAUUACCAAGAGGUACAUAGUAAAAAAUAUCUGAAAUCAAGACCAGACGAGGCAUUGUCAUUUUGGCAGUUUUAUUGUUACAUAAUAACAUUUUGGGCGCCAUCUUUCAUUUUAAAAAAACUAGGCAUGGACACAACCGAGAGACAGUUGGCAUGGAGGGCGAAGCUUGGAUUAUUAUCUGUAAUAUUAUACCUUGGGAUUUUUGUUUCUUUCCUGACUUUUGGAUUUACUAAGACAUUCUGUGAUCACUCAACUUUAUGUCUCAAGGUCGAUUCAAUUGGAAAAGAAUAUAUGGUAAUUCAUGGUAAAGUUUAUCGUUUCGAGCCCUAUUUCGAUGAUGAUAAAAAUAGCACUGAACUGAAAAACUCUACCAUUUUCAGCCAUAGAAGUAACGGAGGAAUGGAUGCUAGUUUUCUUUUUCAGAACCUGAAUGGUAAUUGUUUCGAUUUGAUUACUGCUACUGAAAAUUCUACAGUCCCAAGGGAUUCGGCCAAUGGUAACUUGGCAUGGUAUUAUCCUUGUACGUUUCUCAAAACGGAUGGUACUAGUAACCCUGUUUUAGAACAAGUAGAAGUUAGUAAUUGUCAUCUAAAUUAUAAUGAAAGGCAAGAAUAUUAUAGCUCAAAAAGCAUUGCUGACGUUUAUUUUACGUGGAAACAGGUCAAUAACGUAUCGAGAAACCUUGUUGUGUAUAACGGGAUUGUGUUGGAUUUGGACCUUCUGAAAUGGAUUGAUCAAAAAAACUUUAGAUCACAUCCUAUCUUGGAAUAUUUGCUUAAGUCAGACUUAAGAGGAUACGAUAUCACCACUCUACUUUCAACAACAGAGGGCAAAAAAAUUGCGAGAUGUCUUAUUGACAUAAUAAAAGUAGGUAGGGUCGAUUCUAGUACGGUUGGCUGUAUUGUUUCAGAUGUUGUUCUUUAUGUGUCAUUAACAAUGAUAGUCUCAGUUGUUGUAUUCAAGUUUCUGGUGGCAUGUUAUUUCCAUUGGACAAUUGCUCGAAAGCAAGGUGCAUUCGAGAUUAACAAUAAGGAGAUGGAUAAACGUAGAAAGGCUAUUGAAGAAUGGUCAAAUAAUAUAAAUGAGCCUGGCCCUCUGAAAGAAGUUGAAGGUCACCUUAGACCGAAACACAAUUCCUCAAAGAACAGAAGGUUCAUGCCACAAAAGCGGAACGCCUUCUAUGGUAUUCUCAAGGAAAGGAGCCUAAGUGGUAAGGCAAAUAAAAAUAGGUAUCAGACGAUGACAACUAUGAGCCAAGAAGCAAAAGAAACAAUAUUGCUUACUUCAGAGGUCGAGCAUACAAACUCAACCGAUAGUUCUAUGUUUUCUGUCCAGACACAUGCAGCCCAUUUGGACAAUAGAUUGAUACAUCCCGAUGCUAUAGUGCAGCCUUCACCAUAUCACAGAUUGUAUAACCUACCGCUAAUUCACGUUAUAUGCUUUGUUACUUGCUAUUCAGAGGAAUAUCAAGCCAUUAGAACAACGCUAGAUUCAUUAGCAACCACAGAUUACCCAAAUUCGCAUAAAAUGCUCAUGGUAGUUUGUGAUGGGAUAAUUAAAGGUCAGGGAAAUGAUAAAACAACUCCUGAAAUUGUGUUAAGCAUGGUUGAAAAUUUUGUUGUGCCACCCCAGGAGGUAAAGCCACACUCGUAUGUCGCAGUAACCUCAGGUUCAAAACGACACAAUAUGGCAAAAGUCUACGCAGGAUUUUACAAAUAUGAUGAUAGUACAGUUUCAGCAGAAAAGCAGCAGAAAGUACCAAUUUUAGUGGUAGUUAAAUGCGGUGCACCGUCUGAAGCGUGUUCUAGUAAACCUGGAAACAGAGGUAAAAGAGACUCGCAAAUUAUCUUAAUGUCAUUUUUGCAAAAAGUGACAUUUGAUGAAAGGAUGACAAGGCUGGAGUUUGAAAUGCUGAUGAGCAUAUGGCAGCUUACUGGAACAAUGGCCAAUUUUUAUGAGGCUGUUCUAAUGGUUGAUGCUGAUACAAAGAUAUAUCCUGAUUCUCUUACCCAUAUGGUAGCUGAGCUGGUAAAGGAUCCACUAAUAAUGGGAAUAUGUGGGGAAACCAAAAUUGCCAAUAAAAGGCAAUCUUGGGUCACUGCUAUUCAGGUAUUUGAAUAUUACAUAUCCCAUCAUCAGAUUAAAGCAUUCGAAUCUGUGUUUAACAGUGUUACCUGCCUCCCGGGAUGCUUUUCAAUUUAUAGAAUCAAGUCGCCUAAGGAUGUACACGGAUUUUGGGUUCCAAUCCUAGCAAAUCCAGAUAUUGUUGAGAGAUAUUCUGAUAAUGACACUAGAACAUUGCGGAAAAAGAAUUUAUUAUUACUUGGGGAGGAUAGAUAUUUAUCAUCCUUACUUUUGAAGACGUUCCCAAAACGAAAGCAAAUUUUUGUCCCAAAAGCUGCGUGUAAAACAGUAGUUCCAGAUACAUUCAAGGUCCUUCUAUCUCAGAGACGUCGUUGGAUAAAUUCGACAGUUCAUAAUCUGUUUGAGCUCGUUUUAGUGCGAGAUUUAUGUGGAACUUUCUGCUUUUCCAUGCAGUUUGUUGUGGUAAUUGAACUCAUGGGUACAUUAAUUUUACCUCUCGCCAUUUGUUUUACGAUAUAUGUGAUUUUAUUUUCGAUAUUUUCUAGUCCAACUCCGGUCAUAACAUUGAUAUUAUUAGCCCUUAUUUUAGGUCUGCCAGGUUUUGUAGUCGUUGUGACUAUUAGCAGAUGGUCUUAUCUUUUAUGGAUGUUGAUCUACUUACUUGCUCUUCCAAUAUGGAAUUUCGUUCUCCCUUCAUAUGCGUAUUGGAAAUUUGAUGAUUUCUCAUGGGGUGAUACUAGGACCAUCGAAGGUGAAUCAACCAAAAAAGAUGACCAUGAAACCGAGGGGGAGUUUGAUCAUUCCAUGAUAGAGAUGAAAACUUGGAAGACCUUUGCACUGGAAACUACUGGAGGGAAAUGUGAAUCAACAGAUUAUUUGUAG